CUGACAUCAACUGUAUACACAUACAUACAUACAUACAUUAUUUCUAAGUAUAUACAGAAGAUUAAUAAGGGAUAUGGUGUGAGAGGUGAAUUUAGGAAUUUUACACCCGUGAAAAUUAUUAUUUUAUCAACUCUAUUCAGUCAAAUAUAAAUCACUCUUGCAGGUAGGUUUAGUUCUGUGACCGAAUAUCUUCAGAUAAGAAACUGUUCCGCACUCAAUCCUUCAUUAAAUAAACUGAAGCAGCUGAGGAGACAAAGGUUUCUGCUAAAAGCUUCUGUAAACCAACAGAAACGGGUUAUUUUUCAAUAAAUGUAUAUGUUAAAACUUUAAAAAUACCAACACACACACAGAGAAAGUCAAUGUUUUCAGAUUAUUUUAUUGGCUUGACAAAUGUUCCAUAUGUAUCUCAAAAGCAUUUGUGAUGCUUACAUUAAAUAGGACAUAUAAAAACAAUUGACAUAGUAGUGGUGGUUUUUCUAAUAAAUAAUAAUUAACAGCACAUUAACAAUCAUCUGUAGGAUAAAACAAUAGUAAUAAAUAGUUUAUCUAAUAGUCAACAGAUUAAGAUUCAUUUAUAAACAAUUUAGAAUCCUGUUUGUGUGCGCACACAAGCGCUCCCAGCUGAUGGUUGCUUAGCAACGACAGUCAUAGAAUGUGUUCUAAAGUAGUUCUAUGUUAAAACAGCUCAUCUCAGUUUGCCAGCAUUCAGGACGGUGACUUGGUAAAUCACACAGUUACUGUACGAAUUGACAAAUCUGUGAUUGUGAAAGACUCGUUCGCUAUGGAUACUUACUAUAAUCAGUCUUCAGACAACCCUCAUCACGAGUGGUCAUCGGUUGUUCUGAAUUUGGACCCAGAUGUGGACGAACAAGAACUGAUUGAGUCAAUGAAACAGUUCAGCCAAAUCCACUCUUUGGAUUUUUCUUUUGAUGAAGACACUAAUUGCAGACACAUUUAUGUGACUUUUGAGCAUUUAGGACGGGACCAGCAACCAGAUCCUGUGGUCCCCACGAGCCGCUUUAUUGAGCGGAAGACACUGCUCGUGAGCAAUCUGCACCCAAUGGUCACCGAACAACAGCUUAUUGAAAAGUUUGGUGCAUUGGGGUCCAUCUCGACUGUGCAAGUGUGCAGAAACAACAUCAUCUCUCCUGCUUAUGCCUUUGUGACUUUCCAUCAUCGACGUGAUGCAGUGCGAGCACAAAAAGCUCUGAACUUCACUGAUUUACUGAAUAAACCUCUGAUCAUCAUGUGGGGCCCAGACAAGACAAUUGAGGUCCUCUCAGAUAAUGACAGCAGCUCUCCAAGACAAACAGAGGAAAGAGAGACAGCUGGAGAAACAGAGGAGAGAAAGACCAGUGAAGAAACAGAGAGAGAGGCCGCUGAUGAAACAGAGGAGAGAGCGAACAGCGAGUCUUCAUGGGGAAGAAGGAUCUCCAACAAUGUGAAAAGUGCUGUGAAAGCUGCGGUGAGCAGUCCAGCAGCCUGGGUCGGAGUCGGCAUAGGUGUCUGUGCUGCUUAUGCCUACUUCAGGAGCAGGAGCUAGUGUGGACACUUUCUAAAAGACGAUAAGGCCUGCCUCACGAUCUCCACUCAUCAUCCCCAGAGUGACCAAUCACUGCUCCAGAAAGAACUUGAUUUCCCCAGCAGGCCAAACACUUGCAAUAAAUGUGAAUUGAAUAAAC